UGUACUUCCCCCGUAGCCCUCUUCCGCCCCCAGCCGUCACCACAGCGGAUGAAAACAAACACUAGCGAUGGCGGCGCCGGGAAGUGGCCGGUGGCUGGGCUUAAGGCAGCAGUGAUCGCCUGAGCUGUGAGGGAAGCCUUGAGGAGCGCCUUGUAGGCGUGACUGCGACGACUCGCGCAGUCCUGGGAACGAAACUCCCGGGGCCUGCGAGCCACGAGGCUUCCGAGGUGUGAGGUAUCAUCUGCGACCCGUGCUGUCGCUGCAGCUCCGGAGCGCGGAGCCCUCAGCCAGGAGGCGCAGCUGGCCGGCCCCAGGCCCCGGCCUCCGUAAUGAGAGCCGUGAGCCGCUCUCUGCGUCGCAGCUUCACAGGUGAGGGAGACUGUUGACUAGUGAAAAAAGGGACCCAAGGUUCACGACUCUCUUACUGGCAGUGGAACGACCAGUGGAAACCUGCGAUCCGUUCUCAUUAAAUAAAUUUCUGGAUUCCUAUAGGCAAUGGAAACUGAUCUUAAUUCCCAGGACAGAAAGGACCUGGACAAGUUCAUUAAGUUUUUUGCCCUCAAGACUGUCCAAGUGAUUGUCCAGGCUCGACUGGGAGAGAAGAUUUGUACUCGUUCGUCUUCUUCCCCAACGGGUUCAGACUGGUUCAAUUUAGCAAUCAAAGACAUCCCAGAGGUUACACAUGAAGCAAAGAAGGCCCUGGCAGGGCAGCUGCCUGCUGUUGGGAGGUCUAUGUGUGUGGAGAUCUCACUCAAGACUUCUGAGGGAGAUUCCAUGGAGCUAGAAAUCUGGUGUCUGGAAAUGAAUGAAAAGUGUGAUAAAGAAAUCAAAGUUUCCUAUGCUGUGUACAACAGAUUGUCGUUGCUGCUGAAGUCUCUGCUUGCUAUAACUAGGGUGACACCAGCUUAUAGACUCUCCAGAAAGCAAGGGCAUGAAUAUGUCAUCUUAUACAGAAUAUAUUUUGGGGACGUUCAGCUGAAUGGCUUAGGGGAAGGUUUCCAGACAGUUCGUGUUGGGACAGUGGGUACCCCUGUGGGCACCAUCACUCUUUCCUGUGCUUACAGGAUUAACUUGGCAUUCAUGUCCACCAGGCACUUUGAGAGGACCCCACCUAUCAUGGGCAUUAUUAUUGAUCACUUUGUGGACCGUCCCUAUCCCAGCUCCUCGCCCAUGCACCCCUGCAAUUACAGAACCGCCGGCGAGGACACUGGAGUAGCGUGUCCUUCUGUGGAAGACUCUCAGGAAGUGUGCGCCACCUCCUUUUCCACCUCGCCUCCCUCCCAGUGUGUGUUUACGGUCACAAAGGCACUUUUUCAGACCCCUACUCCUGUGGUGACGGACACCCUGAGGGUCCCCACGGCAGGACUGGCCUUUUCCCAUCAACUCUCCAGCUCUCGCCUUUCCUAUCAGCCUGCUGCCCUGGGCGUUGGAUCUGCUGACCUGGCUUAUCCAGUAGUGUUUGCUGCUGGCUUAAACGCCACACACCCUCACCAGCUAAUGGUCCCUGGGAAGGAAGGUGGGGUACCCCUUGGUCCCAGCCAGCCUGCCCAUGCUGCCCAGGCUGACCAGGAGAGACUGGCAACCUACACCCCUUCUGAUGGGGCCCACUGCGCUGCCACGCCGUCCAGCAGUGAGGAUGCUGAAACUGUAUCAAACAGCAGCGAGGGACGGGCCUCCCCCCACGAUGUCUUGGAGACCAUCUUUGUCCGGAAAGUGGGGGCUUUUGUCAACAAGCCCAUCAACCAGGUGACCCUGACCAGUUUGGACAUACCCUUUGCCAUGUUUGCUCCCAAGAACCUGGAGCUGGAGGAGGCAGAUCCCAUGGUGAAUCCGCCAGAUUCCCCAGAGACUACAUCUCCUCUCCAGGGCAGCCUGCACUCUGAUGGCUCCAGCGGGGGCAGCAGCGGCCAUACCCAGGACGACUUCGUCAUGAUCGACUUUAAACCAGCUUUUUCUAAAGACGACAUCCUUCCGAUGGACUUGGGGACCUUCUAUCGUGAAUUUCAGAACCCGCCUCAGCUGAGCAGCCUCUCCCUCGACAUCGGGGCCCAGUCCAUGGCCGAGGACUUGGACUCACUCCCAGAGAAGCUGGCUGCGCACGAGAAGAAUGUCCGAGAAUUUGAUGCCUUUGUAGAAACCCUGCAGUAAAGUUGGUGUCCUUGAGUCCCAGCAGCAUCCCCUUCUUGUGGCCCCAGGAGACAGAGCGCCUCCCCCUCGGCAGCUGCUCCCACCCCUUGUCCUGCUCCAGGCCAGGCCGAGGGGAGGCGUUCCCCUCGGGGGAUCCGGAAGGCCCUGCUCUGGCCCCUCCUGGAGACUGGUGGCAGCAGCCACAGCCCACAACGCCAUCCACGAGGACCCCGCCCCCUGCCCUCUGCCCGCCCUCUGCUCGCACCACCCUCGGCGGCGGCCUCACAGGCCAUCCUCCCGUUCCUCCCGCCAGCCCCCCGCCCCGGGGCUGCCCAGCAGCUGGCCCCUUGCGGCGACAUUCCAGCUGGUAGCCCCGAGGCUGGAGCAGAGGCAGGAGGAGGACGGAGACCGUGCCAGGAGGAGGGAGGCAGGACGCUCUCCUUCAGGGUCUUUUCCUCUUAGUUCUGGUAUCUUCUUCCUCUCUGUCUUCCUCCCUUUCUUUGUCCCGGGCCUGUAUUGUUGGCAAUGUGGUGGGCUUCCCACCCCAGGUGAUGAGAACUCGAAAGUCAGCCGUGCCCGCCCAUCCGAGUAGCCCUGGUGGCUGCCUGCCCAGCUGUGUGGAGGCAGAGUCCUGCGUCUCUAGGAGUUGUCACUGGAGUUACAGCACAGGUUCUCCUUUCUCCUCCCCUCUUCCCCCGUUACAGGACACAGUCACUAUUUAUUACUUUCAGAGAAAUCAGAUAUUUUAUAGAGAGAACAUGUUUCACUUGGGAAGGUUGGAGGCCCCCCCGGGGCAGCACCUCUUUCUCUAGAGGCUCCUCAGACUCGGGGCUGCUGCUCUCAGCUCUUCCUUCCGAGGCGUAGAAGGUGGGAUCCCAGAACAGGGCUGGCCAGGGGGCCGACAAAGCCUCCCAGAAUUGCUGCAUUUGAACUGACAGCUGACCACAGACUCUACCUUAAACACGUGCACCUUCAAUCUCCCAGCUUCUCCAGAGAGACUGACCAUGUCCUGGCAGCCCAGGAAGUCUUGGAUUCAAAAUGUGAUGACUCACCAGGGCCAUGCCACUGGUAGUGCCCACGGGGUGCUGUAUGUGUCCCCCGCUAUGGCCCUGGGUAGGCUGGGCAGGCCCCUCCUCCUGGGGUGCUGUUCUGGUUUCUCAGGGCAGGGUCACGGGCCUUCUCCUCCUUCCACCUGGGCCUGGCCACCAGCUCUCUUUAACCCCAGGGUCUGUACCCUGCCCUGAGGUUUACUAGUUGCAUCGACUCCUUGUUGAGAAACCAAAGCUGGGCAUUCAGUUGACUUAACCCUUCAGGUAUUGUUACUUGAGUCGGCCAAGGGCCCAGCCUCACUCACGGACCAUCUGUUCCUGGUCGCCUCAUUUGUAGCCCCAUCCGAGGAAGGCUAGGCGUGCCCUGCCCGUCGCGGCCACCUGGGUGUUCAUUGGCAGAAGCUGUUCUGCAGCAGAGCAGGCGGCCCUCUGUUGCUUGUUAGCGGGGGCGGGGGACGGCAGCCCCCCCGACGAGGCUGAUCUCAGCGUUGGGGUCAGCUCUGUCCCCGCCUCCCUGGGGCUGAGCCCAGCCUCAUGCACACCCGCUGCUGCCACAAAGGCACGUUCCUCGCAGUGGCAUCCAGCUGGCCCUCCUGGUGUGGGGCGAGCACACUUGUGGCCUGCUACACCAAUCCUGGUUUACCCCCCAGGGCCCCAGCGCUGAGGAGGGUGGAGGCCCUGGUAAGUUAUUGAUGCCCCCCACUCCCACCUCAGCCAGCCUCUCAGCCCUCCUUCCAAGGCCGAGCAGGGGAAGACCUCUGAGCCGUUGUCCUCUUUGAACCGUUGGCCUCUGCAGGCAGCAGCCUUUCUUCAGGACCCCUUCCAUGAGAGGCCAGGGGGGCUGAGCCAGACUUGGAGCCGAGCCUGGGAGGAGCAGGGCAACUGUCAAGGCCAGCCCUUGUCCCUCAGCCCUGUGCAGUGGCAGGUAUGAGCCCUCGACCGACUUCCACAGCACCCCCGACGGGGCUGGGACCAGUCGCGUCUCCAGGGGGAAGAGCCCCUCCCCGCCUCCAGCCAAAUCCAUUUGGAAAUACUAAGCUAUUACUUUAAAAUGUAUUCAAGAGAUUUCCAAUAAACUUUUUCUGUACUUUA